AUGAGCACUGGUGAUUUUCUUGCAAAAGGUAUAGACUUGGUUCAAAAAGCUAUUGAUUUAGAUAGUAAUACAAAGUACGAAGAAGCGUAUACAGCAUAUUAUAAUGGUUUGGAUUAUUUGAUGUUAGCCCUUAAAUAUGAAAAGAAUCCUAAAUCUAAGGAUCUUAUAAGAGCUAAAUUUAGUGAAUACUUGAACCGUGCUGAACAAUUGAAGGAACAUUUGGAAAAGGAAUCACAAAAUAGUAUCGGCAGUGGUAGUAGUAUUAACAAUGGAGAUAAAAGUCAUGACAGCUCUACAGGGAAAAAAAUUUCAAAUAAUAAUGACGAAGAAGCUGAAGAUAGUAAAAAACUACGAGGUGCAUUAGCAGGAGCCAUUUUGAGUGAAAAGCCAAACGUUAAAUGGGAAGAUGUUGCAGGUUUAGAAGGUGCCAAGGAGGCUCUAAAGGAAGCUGUUAUUUUACCAGUAAAAUUCCCACAUUUAUUUAAAGGUAAUCGUAAACCAACAUCAGGUAUUUUAUUAUAUGGUCCUCCUGGUACAGGUAAAUCUUAUUUGGCUAAAGCAGUUGCCACAGAAGCAAAUUCCACCUUUUUCAGUGUGAGUUCUAGUGAUUUAGUCUCAAAAUGGAUGGGUGAAUCUGAAAAAUUAGUGAAACAAUUAUUUACCAUGGCUAGAGAAAACAAACCAUCGAUUAUUUUCAUUGAUGAAGUUGAUGCCCUUACGGGGCAGAGAGGUGAAGGUGAAAGUGAAGCCAGUCGAAGAAUCAAGACAGAAUUAUUGGUUCAAAUGAAUGGUGUUGGGAACGAUGCUCAAGGUGUUCUCGUGUUGGGUGCCACAAAUAUCCCAUGGCAAUUGGAUAGUGCUAUUAGAAGAAGAUUCGAAAAGAGAAUAUAUAUUCCAUUACCAGAUGUUGCAGCAAGGACAAAAAUGUUUGAAAUUAACGUUGGUGAUACUCCAUGUAGUCUAAGUAAGGAUGAUUAUAGAUCGUUAGGUCAAAUGACUGAUGGUUAUUCUGGUAGUGAUAUUGCAGUGGCUGUAAAAGAUGCCUUAAUGCAACCUAUAAGAAAGAUCCAAAGUGCAACCCACUUUAAAAAUGUUUCUGAAGAUUCUGAUACUAAAUUAUAUACACCUUGCUCCCCUGGAGAUCCAGAGGCAGAAGAAUUGAGUUGGAUAAGUAUAGAGGCUGAUGAAUUAAAAGAACCAGAAUUGACAAUUAAAGAUUUCUUAAAGGCAAUUAAAACUACCAGGCCUACUGUUAAUGAUGAGGACUUGCGUAAACAGGAAGAAUUCACUUCAGACUUUGGUCAAGAAGGUAAUUGA